GAUCCUCACAGAGUCUCCGACGCCAACCCGAGUAAGCUGCGUCCCGUCAGCGCACCAAGUAAACAACCGCGAGUGUGUGAAGUUUUGUGAUAACCAAAACAGUGUCCAACAUGGGUUGUGGUACGAGUUUUGUGAAAUAUGUGCUGUUCUUCUUCAACUUGCUAUUCGCGUUGAUCGGCAUCGCGAUGGUGGGCAUUGGCGUGGCAGUCGUGCUCAACUGGCAGGUGGUGAAGGACGCCUCCCGAGGCCUCAACGUGGCUCCCUGGCUGUUCAUUAUCAUCGGGGCUGUGGUGUUCCUCAUAUCCUUCUUCGGGUGUUGCGGAGCUAUUCGCGAGAGCCACUGCAUGAUUGUCACGUACGCGAUCUUCCUGAUCGUGAUCAUCAUCGUGGAAGUGAUCCUGGCCGUGUGCAUCUUCGUGUACGCCGACAGCAUCAAGCACGCGCUGAAGACCGGCAUGGACAGGUCCUUCGAGGAGGGCCGCUCGCUGAACCCUAACCCCUUCCACCAGAUCGAGCGCCAGUUGUCCUGCUGCGGCAAGACCGGCCCCAUCGACUACAACGUCCAGGCGGUCGCCAACCUGCCCCCAGAAUGCUGCGACCAGGGCUCCCAAGUCUGCUCCAUCGUCAACGCCUACUCCACCGGCUGCACCACCAAAAUGCUGGACUACUACGACAAAUCGCACAAGGUCAUCGCCGGAAUCACUAUUGGAGUCGCUUGUGUUGAGGUUGUAGGAGCCCUGUUCGCCCUGUGUCUCGCCAAUUCCAUAAGAAACAUGGACAGAAGGUCUCGCUACUAAUAUUUUGUACAUUAAAACUGGUACCUAUUAUCACAAUUUAUUUUUGUUUUAACAUAAUUUUAAGCGGGCUGUGUACUGCAUGGCUGAACGACAGGAAACUGAAACAUGUUUAGUUGUUUUUUUAAUGUCGUCAAAAAAUUUGUGUUGCCAGUUUAAUAAUCAGAAUAUUUCAACUAAGCGUGGUUCAACGAUGUUUAUGUUAAAAUGGACGUCGCCUUAACUGUAACUUCGGACGUAAUUUAAUAUUAACUAUUAGAAAUGCCGUUACAAACGGCUUCGAAAUCUUGGUAAGGAUCGCUUUUUUCGUAUAAGGCUUUAUACUAACAACUUGCGCAAUUAAUAAUAAACCAAGGUCGAUUUUUACGCAUCGAUAACCAGCAUAUAUUGUCUAUGGAUUAUCAAUAUUUUAAAAAAUCGGCCUUUUAAUUAAGUAGAGUCCCCGAAGCGGGGGGAAUUAUCUAAACUAAACAAUGCAUUUAAGUGGUUUGUAAUGGUGUUGUAUUUAAUGACAAUCACAAUGAACUUGGUUCUAGAAAGGGUCUGAUGAAGUUAAGACAUAAAAAUGCACGGUUCGUCUGAAUUACAUACGUAUAAAUUAGGGGAAAUCGAACGUUUAUUUGAAUUUAAUAGGAUUUUACAGCAAUGCAUUAUUUAUAUAUAGACCGACAAGAAAUUAUAGAAAUUAAAAAGUGACAACAUCGUAGUGGCGUCCCGUUUUCUUAGAUUGAUUUGAAAGGGACGACAAUAUGAUGUUGCACUUUUUAAUUUCUACAAUUUCUUGUCGGUCUAUAAUUGAUUUUAUUCAUUUCCCCAAAUUUAUAAUAAGCCUACACGGUCUGUAUGUUGCAAGUGCUUUGGAUAUUUUGCUAAUAAUUAAAGCUAUAAACGUGUUAAACAUUUAUCUUGUAAUCAAAUUAGUUGGUGUUCUAAAAAUCGUUAUGCAAGAGAGGACGAGUCAGUGUAAAGGCUUCUACAAACGUUGCGACAAAUGACAUCAGAUUCUAGACAAUUGAUGGCUAAGUAGGAGCAACGAAUUCAAUCGAUCGAUCAAAUGCCGCAAUGUAUCGUAAAUCGUAUGCAAUUAUUGGCGACGUUUGUAGAGGCCAUGAGUGAGCGUUUCGAUGUUUACCCGAUAAUACGAUACGCUGCCUCGGUCAAGACUGGCAUGACUGACCUUGGAGAUUGCCCCUAAGUCUGAUUUGUCAGAGGGCAAAAGCGUAGAGAUGCGCAACACGCUUCACUGAGUUGAAAAGAUUGAUUCAUAUUUUUCGCUGGCGGUGAUAUGUAUCUCUCAUUUCGCUCAUUUCGUUCAUUUCGCUCAGUGAGAGAUGUCAAUCAAUCAGAUGACAUAAGUGCGACCAAGUUUGCGAAUCACGCGAUACAAUCCCGCCAUGUUUUCCCGACACCCUCCGAAUUUUUCCGAACCGCUCCAAAACCGAUUCGCAACGUCUCACUCGCUCGUCACGCUCGACCGGCUCAUUCGAAUCAUGAGUGGGAAAGAGCGAGCAAGGAACACUGAGAUAGACAAGUAACUGAGCGAAAUGAGCGAGUUGAAUCUGCACUGAGUUGAAGAGUGAGUGAGUUCAGUCAAAUGAUACAGUUCAUUUAAAUCACUCACUCGUGAACGACACCUGCCUAGUCUACGGCUCUCGCAGUGCUCCUAUUUGUAAGGCCUAGAAUAAUAUUAUUCUAUAUAGCCUUUGGUGUAUUUUAGAUGUCGCUACUAUUUUAUGGAAUUGUCCAAGAAUCUCGAAUAAGUAUUUUUUAUUACAUUUUGUAGUCAAUAAGCAUUUAUUUCAAAAUCGUGCUUAUUGCACUUCUGUAAUGAUUGUGAUAUUUCUUAAAAGAGUUUAUAUAAAUUUAUCUUUUUGUAACACCUUAUUCUUGAUGUUUAAAUUAUUACAUUUUUAUGGCAACGUAAUUUUGAAGCGUACGCAUUAUUUAAGGCACAGUUGACAUUUGGUUAUCAGUUAUCAAUGUUAUCAUAAAUAAACGGGAAUAAAAUGAACGAAAUGUGAUGGUCUCGGUCGGAUUUUUUCUUACUUAAUAUAGACAGGCACUGACAAAAAAAAUAUUUAAUAGUUAUUAUUGGAAGUAGCCUGAGUCAGUAUUUAGCUGCAGCAAUGUUGUAUGUAAUAUUAUUAUGUCUUUAUUCUACACGGCCAUUGCCGGCUUAAAAUAAAACAGUUUGAGUAGUGGGCAGUAUUUCCAAGUCAAAUACAUCGGUUCCUGGGACGCGGGUAUAAUAAAAUAACUAAAUAAUAAGUAGAGGAAAGCCGCCUGAGACCAUUAGUCAUACUCACUCGUAUACAUUACGUGCCAAAACACUCAGUUUUGCAUAUUAUAUCUGCAAAAAGUGUGCCUUGCUGUAUUUCGUUGACAAAGAAUUUUAUAAAUUCAAUAAACUAUAUGUGUGACU